AUGUCUCCCGAUAAUGGCAUCUACAAUACGCCGCCCCUCGACUUCCCUAUCCUGCGCAAAUUCCACUACACGCUGUACGCCAACGGCACCCUGUCGAAUGCAAGCCAGUGUUGGCUCGCCUUUGGGCCGUACUAUCCGCGCAUAGACAUCAACGGCUCCGUCACCAAUGGCACCGUGUGCGCCUCGCCCAUUGUCGAGAUUACUCGCCAUGCGAAGCUGGGCAUGGCCUUUGCUGCUUUGUUUGUCGCCUCGGUGUUUUUCUCGCUGCUCAACCUGCGCAAGCAUGCCCGCGUGCAUCUGCCGCGCGAGAAGCGCUGGCCUGUUGUUAGUCGGUGUCUGCCCUGGUGCUGGCUUGUCGUGGUCGCGGUCUGUGGAGUGCUCAGUGGGGUGAUGAGCAUUGAUGUCGAUCGAGACUAUAUCCCCGGCGUGCCACUCGUGUUACAGAGCUUUUUUUACUAUCUCAUGCUGCCGCCCCUGCUAGCUGCUGUGUGGGAAAGCGUGCGCCACUGGGCCUGUUGGCAAGAGAGACAGAUCUACGACCGUAAUCCGGCCAGCCUGCCUCUUGCAAGCAGCCGAGAGGUACAGGAGCGCCGGCUGCCCGUGCUCUUCUACAUCUUCGCAUGGAUGAACUUUUUCCUGGCUGUUCCACGCAACUGGAGACCGCUGCUGUUUCAGAGCAGCCCGGGACUGCAGGAGACCAUCGCGAAGCCGGCUGCCACCGACUAUCGUUUCCGCAGCGCGGCGUUUAUGGCUCUCGGGGCGCUGGCGGUGAUUUUCUAUAGUCUUAGCCAUAGCAUCUACCACUACCGCCCGCCCUCUUCUCGCUGGGGGAUGAUAUAUGGCGCAGCGCCUCUGAAAUUCACACUAAUCCUCCCAAUUCUCACAGUCAAAGUCGUGCAAACGCUUGCAUCUUCCUAUGCGUGGUCUAUUUCGCCAUUCAAUUACAACAUACAGCCUGGCUGGAUGUUUGGAUUCGGCUAUCUGCCGGUGUUGCUGAUCGUCAUGCUUUUUAAUUUCUUUGGUCUGGUCGAGCCGAACGAAGAUCGGGCGUUGAUGCUGCUGAGAUGGGAGCAGAGGAGGAAUGGAAGAAGAAUGCCCGUGGCGAGCAGACGUUUGGGGUUGCGCACGUCGAGCUGGGGGUGGAAAGUGCCUUACGUUGCUUACCGGGAUGCGGUAUCUGAGGAUGAUGAGUUGUAUUUGGAGUUGGCUGAGAGGAAUGAGUUGUAG